AUGCAGUUUACGCCACAGCGGUCCUCGGCCGUUCCCAACGCGGCCGGAACUCUCGCAGUCUAUACCCAAACCUCCUAUUCCUUCGAGUCACACUCCAAGACAAACGAGAUCCGAGUCAUCGAAAUCGAUUCUGGCCGAUCAGCCCUCAUCACCAACGACCCCGGCGCUAGCAACCCGCAGUGGCUGGGUGACGGCGACCGACUCGUCUGGUUGAAGACCAAGGGCAAUGGAAACACCAGCUUCAUUGUCGGCGAUGCCCGCGAGGCCAAUAAGACAUAUACCGCCGGUACCGUCCCUGGCCCCGUCUCGGAUCUCAAGGUCACUACCGUUGAGCCUGGCAAGAUCGGAUUUGCGGUGAGCGGCAAGGCCAAUAAUGACGGAACCCUAUAUAACCCCCACGACGCCAAGAAGCCACAAACGACUGGUCGCUUAUAUACAUCACUGUUCGUUCGCCAUUGGGAUUCUUAUGUUGAACCUCAGAAAAAUGCCAUUUGGUACGGUCUUUUGGAGCAGGCUCCAUUAUCACCUGCCCGUCGCCAAGCUGGCAAGUUCAGCGUUUCGGGUCUGACCAAUUUGAUCUCUGUGGUUGGACUGGCCGGCGUCGAGUCACCUAUCCCGCCCUUUGGAGGCUCUGGUGAUUUCGACAUCAGCCCAUCAGCUAUUGUUUUCAUCGCUAAGGAUCCGGAUCUGAAUCCCGCCACCCAUACAUCUUGUUCCUGUUACUAUGCGCCCAUGUUCUCAUGGACUAGCAUGAGAGCACAGGAUGUAAAGGCGUGUAAGAUUACCGCCUUGCAAGGAGCAAUGUCAUCGCCUGUCUUGUCCUCGGACGGUGGUUCCAUUGCGCUUUUGGCCAUGCAGCAUGAUGGAUACGAAUCCGACAAGAACCGAAUUCUAUAUGUACCGAACCCUUGGGAUGGCAACAUGAUUGAGGUUUUCGAGUCUUCAGAUGGAAAGGGUCUCUGGGAUUUAAGCCCCUCUACGAUCUCUUUUGCUCAGGGCGAUAACUCUUUGCUGAUUCAGGCGGAAGAGAAAGGCCGCGGAGUUCUUUAUCAACUCCCCCUUCAAGGCAUCAGAGAGGCGAAGCCUAACUCAUUGCGACGACUUACCCACGCUGGUUAUGUUAAUGAUGUAGCUCCUGCUUCGAAGUACAACACCAAGCUGUUUGUUUCCAGCAGCAACAUGGUGGAUAACAGUCUAUGGUAUAUUAUCGACCCUGCUCGCCCCAAUCCAAUCGAGCUGGUCUCUUCCAACGGUCGUGGUGGUGCAGCAUUUGGAUUAGAUCCGUCUCAGAUUGAUGAGAUCUGGUUUCGAGGAGCUGAAGAUCAUCCGGUACACGCGUGGGUCAUUAAACCAUCCAACUUCAAACCCGGCGAAAAGUACCCUCUAGCAUACCUGAUCCACGGCGGGCCCCAGGGCGCUUGGAACGACCAAUGGAGCACUCGAUGGAACCCGGCUGUUUUUGCAGAGCAGGGAUAUAUCGUGAUCACGCCGAAUCCAACCGGUAGCACUGGCUACGGACAGGACUUCACCGAUGCCAUCCGUGGCCAAUGGGGUGGCCGGCCGUACGAAGACUUGGUUAAAGGGUUUGAGCACAUUGAGAAGAAUCUCGAUUACGUGGACACCGAUCGCGCAGUCGCACUCGGUGCUUCUUACGGUGGCUACAUGAUGAACUGGAUUCAAGGCCACCCGCUAGGUCGCAAGUUUAAGGCUCUCGUCACUCACGACGGCGUAUUCAGCAUGACUGGUCAGCUGGCUAGUGAAGAACAGUACUUCCCACUGCACGAUCUCGAAGGUCCCAUCUGGAAGGUUCCCGAGAACUGGGCUAAGUGGGAUCCAUCGCGCUUUACUGAGAAUUGGAAGACGCCGCAUCUGAUCAUCCAUAACGAACUGGACUAUCGUCUGACUAUCGCUGAGGGUCUGGCUGCAUUCAAUGUACUCCAGAUGCGCGGCGUGGAGAGUGCAUUCCUGACAUUCCCGGAUGAGAACCACUGGGUGUUGAACCCCGAGAACUCUCUUAUGUGGCACCAGACCGUGCUUAACUUCAUCAACAAGUUCGUCGGUCUUCCUCCAGUAUCGGAGGAGUCUGACCUCUCCUCGGGCGUCAACAAGAUGGCCGUUUAG